AUGAACAUUGAACCCAAAAUCGAACCCGGUUCACCACCGUGGCCCAUUCCCACGAACCCUAACAACUUCGAAAACAAGUUGAUUGAAGAUCUUAUCGGUAUUUUGCACGGAACGUAUCAAUUUGAAAAUUUUGAUAUCGUUGAAGGUGUUUUGGUGAGUAAAAAAGAUGAAUUUGAGGGAUCAGUGAAGAAGAAUUUGGGAACUAUAAAAGAGUUGUGGAGGGAAAACGGUAAAUUAGCGGAUGAGAAGAGACGAGUUGAGGAAUUGCUUGAGUCUUAA